GACCAUCGGCGAUGCACAGGAGGUGGAGGGCGAGUUUGACUUUGUAGGCAAUCUCAACAAAUUCAAUAAGGCUGCGGUGUUUGCGGAAAUAGAGCAAGAGGUCUGCCUGGACAGCGACAACCUGCUGGUGUCGCACAAUCGCAAGAAAAAGAACUACGAGCACUACGAGAAUAUUCUGGGCAACGAGGGUGUGGAUAUAGGGGUCUACUCCACUGGACUGCACUCAUCAAAUGCAUUCAAAUCCGAAUAUGGGGUUGUCAUUCCGUACGCCACAUGCUUUCAGAUGACUGAGAUUCACGAUAUUCUACAAACAAUGGGCUUCACACGCGCACAGAUCCUCGAGACCGCGGCCAGUAGCGUCACCUCCAUGGUACUCAAACUCCUGGGUAUGCUGAUUCUGCGAAUAUUUAUAUUUAUUUGUUUAUAA